AUGAAUAGUCCAAGAACCAAUGAUAAGCCCAAGAAGUCUAAAAGAGUUAGUGAAUAUAAAAGAUACCAAAAAAGGUAUUAUUUCAUCACUAACAAAAAAGAUUAUUUUGAUAUAAUAUCUUAUAUUUUAAAUACUUAUAAAUAUAGAGCUUUUAUUGGAUUUCGAAUGCAUAAAGAUGAUAAAGACACUGUUAGAAUCUUUAUCUGGUUUUAUAAUAAUGUUACAUUAAGAUAUUAUAAAAUCAAAGACUAUUAUGAUAUACCUAAGGGAAUGUCAAAUAGAGAUAUUCUCAAAGAAAUAUAUUCUGAAAAGAUAUUAUUCAAGGAUGGAAUACUUCCUCAAAGAUAA